AUGGAAGAACGAGCAUUUGUCGCACUGCUGGUCAUUUCCUCACUUAUAGUAUUAGCAGAAAAUACUGAUCACAAGAAUGCCAUUGAAAUCUACAGCCUGCAUGUGGAAUCUACGGUUACAUCUCGAUUUGCUCAUACAGUUAUCACCAGCAGACUUGUCAACAAGGUUAAUGAAUCCCAGGAGGCUGUUUUUGAAGUGGAAUUACCUAAGACAGCUUUCAUCACUAACUUCAGCAUGUCAAUUGAUGGAGAAACAUAUCCAGGAACAAUAAAGGAGAAAGCAUCUGCACAAGAGCAAUAUGACAUUGCGGUUUCACAUGGUCAAAGUGCCGGCCUUGUCAAAACCACUGGAAGGAAACUAGAGCAGUUUCAUGUUUCAGUCAACGUUGCAUCAGACAGUAAGGUUACCUUUGAGCUGAUAUAUGAGGAGUUGUUGAAGCGACAGCUGGGGAGGUAUGAAUUGUUAUUUAAGGUCAGACCCAAGCAGCUUGUUAAACACUUUCAGAUUGAUGUCCACAUCUUUGAACCCCAGGGUAUAAACUUCCUGGAAACUGACAGCACCUUUAUGACAAAUGAGUUAACUGAAGCUCUUACAAAGGUGCAGAAUGAGACCAAGGCUCAUAUUUUAUUUAAACCAACAAUAGUUCAACAAAAGAAGAGUCCUGAACUUGAGGAAACUCUCCUAGACGGAGACUUUAUCAUACGUUACGAUGUUAAAAGGAGUGUCAGUGCAGGAGAUAUACAGAUCGUAAAUGGGUAUUUCGUGCAUUACUUUGCACCUAGUGAAAUGCCAACAUUUCCCAAAAAUGUCAUCUUUGUUGUAGAUCAAAGUGGCUCUAUGUCAGGCAGAAAAAUUGAACAGACAAGAGAUGCCCUCCUGAAGAUUUUGGAAGACCUCAGACCUGAAGAUCAUUUUAGUUUAAUAACCUUUAAUAGCCUGGUUACUGAAUGGAAGAAUACUUUGUUACAAGCAACUGGACAAAAUGUGGAAAGUGCUAAAAGAUAUAUUAAAACUGUUAUGGCUCGUGGAGGAACAGAUAUCAACAAUGCCCUACUGACUGCAGCAAAUACACUGGAUAAGGCCAACUAUGCUGAAAUAUUGCAAGCACACAGCAUUUCCAUGAUAAUUUUGCUGACAGAUGGUCAACCCACUGUUGGUGUUCAAGAUGUUGAAAUAAUUCAACAAAAUAUACAGAAGGCUAUCAAAGGAAAAUAUGUCCUCUAUUGCCUUGGCUUUGGUUUUGAUGUCAGUUACAAGUUCCUUGAGAAGAUGGCCCUAGAUAAUGGAGGAAUAGCUCGUCGUAUAUACGAGGACUCUGAUUCAGAUUUGCAGCUCCAGAGCUUUUAUCAAGAAGUGGCUACUCCCAUAUUAAAGGAUAUUGAAAUACAGUAUCCAGAAAAUUCCAUCCUGGAAUUAACUCAGAACAGUUUCAAACUGUUUUUUGAUGGUUCUGAAAUUGUGGUAGCUGGAAGAAUUGACAAUGAACUUGACGUUUUGCCAGUGGAAAUUCAAGCUCAGUCACAUACUAGUAACCUGAUUUUUAAGGAGGAAGCAAAUGUAAGAGAAAAGGAGAAAGUAUUUCAACAUCAGAAGUACAUUUUUGGAAAUUUCAUUGAGAGAUUGUGGGCUUACUUAACCAUUCAACAGCUGCUAGAAAAAUCUAUUUCAGCUCAAGAGGAACAGCAGAAAAACAUGCAGGUGGCCCGAGCUUUGGAGCUAUCUAUGAAGUACAGUUUUGUUACACCUCUCACUUCCAUGGUGGUCACCAAACCUGAUGAUCAACAGAAACUCCAGCUGGCAAACAAACCAGUUGAAUCUGAUAAUGAGAAGUCAAGAUUUACUGGAUUUUCAGGUAACAAACUCUCAAAAAGCCAUAUAACGAAAGCCUUAAGUUUCAGAAGGCCUCAUGAUGAGAGUAUGUAUUACAUUCAAAGAGUACCGAAAACUGGUCAAAGAGUUAUACUGUUAGACAUGACAGAACAAUCACCAGACAUUUUCAGGACUGUUCAAACAACACCACAGCUUCUUACCAACGAAUAUCCACAUUUCCUCUUUCAACUGCCCAGACAAAAUGAUGUCAUUUGUUUAAAUAUUGAUGGUCAGCCGCAAGCUUACAUUAACCUAAUAUCAGAUCCUGCCAAAGGAAUCUCUGUCACUGGUAAGCUUGGGAGAAAUAGAAAUCACUUUGUGCUGUUUGAAAUUACCAACCUGGAUCCUCAUGUGCAACUCCAUGUAUCAAAGGAAGGCACUGUGCUGAGCUAUGGCGGUCAUACCACCAAACUCCCAUGGAAAAAGUCUGCUUCCUCUACAAUCCAGGGGCUGAAGAUUGCUGUUGAAAAGGAAAGAAGUCUUACAAUGUCAGCAUCUGACAACAUCACAAUAAAAAUUGCUUUUGUAAAGUCUCCAAAUCGUUUCCUUGGAUUAUAUUUCAUGGACACUGACCAUUUUUCUGACAAAGCCAGUGGACUUCUUGGUCAGUUUUAUUUUGAUACACAUUUGGAAAGUAACCCUGGAGCAAGUCAGGGAGAGGAUGAAAGAGUUCUCAGUGUUCAUGGACAAAAGCAUAGAGUUACCAGAAAAUACAAGAAAGAUUACAGGCUAGAGUCAGCCACUGGUACUAUUUCCUGCUGGUCAUUACGUAUAACUCCCUAA